ACAACACAAGUGGUAUAAACCCAAUGUGGAAUAACCGCUGGGCGAGGCCUACAACCGUAGAAAUUCUACCUUUCAUGGUUGGACUCAUAUUUGAUGUAGCAGGCGUGCAGCAACAACACCGGAAGAGAGUGACUCUUCUUAUACGCAUGCGUUCACUGGCCUAGAUUGCAUCUCAUAAGUGUUGUGAUUGGUCUAAAUUAGUUUGCGAAUAGAUUCAUCCAAUCACGACGUGCAACACAAAAGCUUGAAGGAAUUCCUCUCGCCACAUGGAGGACAAGAUGUCUGCUCCCACGGCGCACGAGGGUGAAAGGUCUUCUAAAACCGUCGUGGUUUCAAGAGGAGGGACAAGCCUUGUGGAAUUUAGACCAUUGUUUUCGCAAGAUGCUAAGUGUCUGUUUUGCUGUGCCGGCCACACAGUCAAAGUGUACAGUACAGUCAGUGGGGAGUGUGUGAGGGAGCUACGGGGACACACAGACACCGUGACAGGAGUGAAACAACAUCCAAAGAACAGAUUACAGAUUUUGUCCUCGUCACUGGACCAGAGUAUAAUACAGUGGGACUAUUCUGAUGGAGUAGCUCUCAAGACCUAUCAGCUGAACUUUCCCAUCCAUGUCCUUCUAGUGUCAGACAGCUCUGAGAGUCCUGCUUAUUAUGCAGUACGAAAGUCUUCUUCAAAAAGUUUUGAGCUUGUACAGUUUCAUCUUCCUCGACAAGCCAGUGAUAAAGUUCUCCAUCUGCGUACAGUCUUGGAGAGAGUGCGUAAAGAGGAGAGAUGUCUUGCGCUGGGAGUGCUGGGGGAGUACAUAGCAGCAGUUCAAGGGAGGACACUAAUUGUGCAUUCCUUUAAGAAGAAACUCACAAAACAUCACAUUGUGGAUGUUGACCAGUACCUGAAGUUGACUUGUGUGGCGUGUCAUCCCACGGAGUACUGUGUAGCUACUGGUGCUAGCAAUGGCAAGAUAUUGCUGUGGUGGAACUUUCUGAGCAGUUCCAACGUGGUGAAAACAGUCAAUCACUGGCACUCAUUACCUGUGGGAGGACUCUGCUUCACUGCAGAAGGUUCCUACUUCCUGAGUGGCGGCCAUGAGUGCGUCCUGGUCAAGUGGCAGUAUAACUCCCAUCACAAGGAUUUUAGACCAAGGCUUGGGGCGCCCAUUGAUCAUGUGAUCUGUUCCCAUGACAACACACUCUACGCUACUUGCCAUUCAGAUAAUGUGAUCCAGCUGAUCAACCCUGGUUUCAAGGUGGUGCAGUUAUACCAGGGUCUGACCCAGGCCCACCUUCCACACCACAAACAUCAGCCAGCCCCUGUGGGACUACUUGUGGACCCCAGAACCAAGGCCCUGGUGACCAAUGGGAAGCCAGGACAUCUGCAGUUUUAUUCACUUCACAGUGAUAGGCAUUUAUACAAUCUCGACAUUGUCCAGCAGAAUUACGUCUCUCCAGACAAUCUGCAGCGCCCCCUGGUGCACACAGAGCUGGAGAAAGCUGCAUUUGACGAUGGGGGGGACUGGCUGGCCACGGUCCAGAGGAGAGAAGACGGAGAGACGGCUGAGGAGAUCGUUUUGAAGUUUUGGCAGUUUAUGAAGGAGUCCCAGAUGUUUGUUCUCAACACCACAGUUGAUCUUCCUCACUCAGACGUCAUCCAUACUCUUAAGUUCCGUUCCCAUGGCAACGGGUCUAGGACACCUCUGUGUCUUACCACUAGCAGGGAUGGGAAGUUUAAGAUAUGGACUUUGGUGGAAGACAGUGAUAUUUACAAGACAAGCAGUUGCUGGAAUUGUGAGUCAGUGGGUUACUACAAGGAGCAGGCUGCCUGUGCUGCUGACUUCUCUGAGGACGGUUCUCUCCUUGGAGUGGGAUUUGGUCACACACUGACCCUGUGGGACCCUGACACAAACGCCCUCAAGACCACACUCAGUUGUGGCGAUGAGGGGGAUGAGAUAAAACACAUUGCCUUUGGCAGGCAACUUUGCUGCCAUCUAUUGGUUUGUACAACAAACAACAAGCUGUUAGUUUGGAACCUGUUGAGUUGCUCACUGUUGUGGAGCGUGGGGUUGAAGGCCGAGGUGCUGGUGGCGGAUCCGUUGACGGAGCACAUGGCUGUGGUCAGUGAUGGUCAGGACAGCAGUGCAGGCUGGGACUUAUACAUCUUCAAGCCAUCAGAUGCCCAACCAUUAUAUCACCAUGGCAACUUGUCCUCCUCUGCUGUGAUUGGUGCAAUUUUCAUACCAAAUGAUCAUAAAAAAGAUCAAAGAAACCUUGAAUUAAACAAAGAACUGUCUUGGCAGAAAGAGUCAAAGUUGUAUAUUUUCAAUAGAAAACAAGAACUAUUAUCUAUAGAAACUGAGAGAGAUGAAAAAGCUGACAUAACAAAGGAACAAUCACAAGUACAUCAAAGUGUACCACAAACUCCAUUCAGUCUUCUUUUGAGUAGAAACCGUAAGAGGGCAGCACUGUCUAGCACAGCUCUUCCACUGGAAGCCAGGAGGAGCCAGGGUGGAGCUGAGGGUUUACAGGAGCUGCUGAGGACACCAGCACAUGUGCUGCCCCCUGUGAACUCUCUGUGUGGUACAUUCAUCAAGACAUUACUGCUGGGGAAGGGAAAGAAAACCAGAGUACAAGAGGAGGAUGACAGUGAUUCUGAUGACCAGUCAGGUGACAUUUCAGACCAAUCAGAAUCUGACUCUGAAAGUGCCAUGGAUGUGUCAGAACAAACCAAUGAAAUGUGUGUACACAAAACACGAUCUCAGGACAAAAUGGAAAGUGCAGACUCAGAAAAAAUAUGGAGGACUGAAGAAGUCAUUGAUGAAAACAUAUUGGAGAAAUUGUCUGGAGAAAAGGUUCAUUGGGUUUCUAAUUUAUUUAACAAAUAAAUUAUUCUGAAAACGAAGAAAUGAAGGCUCUCGAUUUCCUUUAGAAUUAUUUAAAAUAAAGACGACAAAGAAAGCUUCAAGAUCAUUUGAUAGACAGUGUAGAUGCUGGAUGACUGCACCUUUUUUAUCUGAAUUUCAAAAUAUAAUUUUGUCGAAAAACAUGAAGAAUAAAAAUUAUAAGAC